CUUCACUUCAUCUGUCACACUUCUCAGCCAGACUCACAUGCGCGACGAUUGAAUGUGAGCACCCACGCGACCACGAUGCCGAAGUGAGACUGCACAUGCAGUCCGCACAAAGGGAGCUGCACCGCUUGUCGCAUGCCAACUUUCAAGCCGGAAAUCAUCUGGACCAAGAAGUGGAAAUCGUCUGGACCAUGGUACCAACAACAUAGCCAACUUCACUCCGACAAACCUCAUCUACCUGGCUAGAUCUUUGGACAUAUCAACAUCAUGGCAACAGCCUCGACGAUCACCCACGCGCGCCGGCGCAAACAAACCACCUACGGCAAGGCAUCUCGCAAUGCGAACGCGUGGAACGUCAGUGGUUUCGACGACGAUGCAGACGAAUUGGCUUCCGUCGCGAAUGUUGUUUCUCAUCCAAAGGUCGUCAUUCAACGCAUCCAGUCGCCAGUCAAGUCUCCUCCGACCGAACGCCCGCGAGCUACAGUGAAGGAGACCUACCGUGUUGAGAAGCAGGAGCGUGAUAGAGGUCGUUUGCCAGCGCUAGCAAAGACGCGCAAGAAUAAGCGGGAUGGUUGGGAUGUGCCGUCCUCGGACGAGGAAGUGGGCAACAGCUUCACGCGUCACUCUCCGCCAAAGAGAACGGCAAAGCCGCGGGUCGUCAACAUUGUGGAGGAGCGAGAGGCUCCAUUAGCCCCGUGGGAAAAGAAGAAAGCUGUCACCGCGGAUACGUCAAAGAGUGCCGCUCCCAGCCAGAAGACGAAGCUUUCAGAGGCUCCGCCUCAGGAUGCUUAUCACAGUCCACCACAAGAGAGUGCGGUUGAGCUUCAGAACGAUUCGUUGCAGAGUGCCGGACUCCCAUCGCCACAAAAGCUUGUCAGUCCUGGAAGCGGAAGUGCUAUUGAGAGGUUGAAGGCGAGACGCGCGAAUCAGAAGCGGACGGAUCAGAGCAGUACCGAUUCGAAUCCAAAGCCACCGAAACGCAUCAAGUCCCAAGACGUUCCGGAACCUGAAGAUCAGGAAAUGCAAGACAUCCUAAAGUGCGAGGUGCCGGCGCGUUCCAAGGACCGUUCUACGAGAGAUGGAUGCGACAUCUAUGCGUUUCCUCAGUCAAGCGCAGAUGAUACUAUCCUACCUAAGCCGAAGACAGCACCACGAAAGCAGAUUCAGCAGUCAAAUCGACGUGGGAAGCUCACGUCGUUGGCACGUGCGUCACCGCGUACGAUGACCUCCGCUCCUGCGCGGCUGACCGAAAUGCUUCUACACGAUACGGAUACAACUGAAGACAGCAGCCGGUCGCCUACCGAUUCGCUGAGUCGGCCAUCAACACCCCAGAAACCCGCUGGAUCAGAUCCAUUGGCCAAGAAAACCACAAAGACCCCAAAGCAAGAUCAGAUGUGGAAGGAUCUGCUGUCCGACGAGGCCCCCUCAAGUUCUCCAAGCGUGCUUCCCAUGCAACAACUCACACUGCAGAGCACGCGGCGUACUGCCCCUUCAAGACCAGCUGCUCCUCGAUUGUUGGCCAAAUCUAGCUCUGACGUUGGUCCUCCUCGUCAACGCACGAGGCUCGUUGACCAGUUGAGAGCAUCGGCACCAGGUUCAGAGACGGAGGACUCCAGUAGUGAUGAGGAUGAGUCGGAUGAUGAUGAUGAUGAUGAUGAUAUGGAUACGAGCAGCGACGGACACAGACACGACAACCUUGCAAACAGCCAAUCGCAAAGUCAAAGCCAGACGACUGUGGCACUCGACAGUGGACCUAAGAUCACGUAUUCCCGCAUGCGAUCAUAUCUUCCGGAGGAUAGCUUUGAGGACGGUUUGAUGUUGAGUUUACCCGAACGAUCGACGCCGGUCAUUUCUAGAAAGAGUCAGAAAUCCAAUUCGGCUUCACAGCAGUCCACGUUCGACUUCCCAGAUAGCGAUGACGAUGACGAUGGUGGAAGGCUUCGCACUGUACAUGAACUACGAGCGGCUGGCGGCAACCAGCGAUUCAUGGACGAGACUUCUGGCAUGCUGGAUGACAUCGCAGUUCAUGACAACUCUGCGCGGGGUCGUCGACGAAGCGCGCUGAUUGAGCUAACCAAAAAGCUGAUGGGCAGCAAGGCAUUUGUGGAGAAGUUCUUUAGACAAGGCUUCGAGCAGAAGCUGUUGGCAGAGUUGAAAGGCCCAUCAGAUGAUAUUGCCAACUUCGUGCUUGCUGUGGCUUCUGCUGCGCUGCUCCGAGACGAUUCUCCGGAUCAUGUUGCCCAGUCCUGCAAAGAGAACGAUGCCCUGAUAUGGCUGACGAAACUUCUGGAGAAUGAUACCGAUGCGAAGAAACUCGUGAAGGAUCGAAAGUACAACAUGUCGAAGUCUGCGCAGACGCUUUUCGUUGAUUUCGUGGACAAGCUCAGCAUACACGAUACUUUCUGGGACGAGCUGAAGCCUGUGCUGAUCACGCCUCGCAUUGUUGCACUGAAAGCGUUGGACAGUCUGGUCGGCAAGUUGCGACGCUCUGGCGACCGCUCGGAACUCGCAGGACGUCAUGAACUGUCCGCGAUCCUGUUCUCACAGCAUGAGCUGACGGCAGUCCGCCGCGACGAGGCUCCAGCGGGCGUCAAUCUUUCGGUAUCUGCUCUGGAGCGGCUGGCGUCACUGGGUGCGCCUGUUGCAUUGCCCACGGAGGUCUUGCAGCGUCUUGGUGAGCUGCUCGUCAUGCCGGUUUUGGGGAGCGAAAGCCUCAAACACCUGCGUUUCCUGGCUCUGCGCUUGUGCCUCAGUCUCACACAUGAUAAUAUCAGGGGCUGUAAGCAAUUGGCGAAAUUCCCACUUGUCCGCUGCCUGUUCAGCGCCAUCGGCAAUGGCUUUCGGAACCUUGAAUCGCAAGUGCAAGCUAUCGAUCUGGAUCUGCUCGUCCUCGAAAUGGGCGUCAUGGUCAACAUGACCGAGCACGCCGAAGCUGCUCGACAAAGUGCCGCAGCUUCGGAUACUCAGCCACUCCUCAUCGAAUUGGUGCAUGCUUUCACCAUUGGACAGAAGAGGCUGUCUGAGGCCGAGACGGAAGAAGAGACUGCAGCAAACGUAGCAUACGGAUACCUGGCCGUCGUUCUUGCCAUCCUCUGCCGCAAUCGUGAUGCCAAGUCGAUCAUCGCCGACAAUUUGCCACGCAAGAACCUCGACAACCUCAUUGAAGCUGUCGACGAGUUCAUUGAGCAUCACCGCAGAGUCGACAAAUUGACAUUCGGCGGCGAAGAAGGUGGCGAUGUGUGGAGUGCUUUUACCGAAAAGUUGAAAGGCGUGCUGGACCGUCUAGAAGCCGCGGCGCAACAGCACUGAGCCCUGCACAGUGUACCUCCGCCGUCUGGCUCUGCAAGAGGCCCACGAUAGAUUGUGGCCCUUGCGUGUUCUUCUUAUAUUGCGAUUGUACAUAUUUUCUCUUCUCAGAGAGAUUGCAUGAACUCAAGAUACCCCCCAAUAGAAUAGCGCUUUGUCAUUGAUUACAGCAC